AUGCCCUCUCGCUGCAGGAAUACGCUGAACAUCGUGGUGACCACCCUUUUUGCUGCGGUGGUCCUCUUCACCAUCCUACUGGCCUAUGUCAAAGGCUAUCAAUUCAUCCGCACUGAACAGCACCACCUUUCCUUUGGCCUCUAUGGUGCCUUCCUCUCCCUCCACCUCUUCCUUCAGAGCCUUUUCGCCUUCCUGGAGCAUCGGCGCAUGAGGAGCCCUGCCCUGCCUCAGUACCUCUGUCGUUCUGUGGCCCUCUGUAUUGCCGCCUACCAGGAGGACCCAGACUACUUGAGGAAGUGCUUGCGCAGCAUCUGUCGAAUCUCCUUCUCUGGCCUGAAGGUUGUGCUGGUGGUGGAUGGAAACCGACCCGAGGACCGCUACAUGAUGGACAUUUUCCAGGAGGUGAUGGGGGGGGCAGACCAGGCUGGCAGUAUGGUGUGGAAGGGAAACUACCACAGUGAUGGGAGUGGAGGAGUAGGUGUAGGAGGUGGAGGGAGGAGCACAGUGCACAUGGAGGAGGCAGCACGCAUUGCUCAGCUGGUCAGAGGCUGUCGCUACUCCUGUAUCAUGCAGGAGUGGGGAGGGAAAAGAGAGGUGAUGUACACUGCCUUUAAAGCACUGGGGGACAGUGUGGAUUAUGUGCAGGUGUGUGACUCAGACACAGUUCUAGACCCAGCAUGUACCAUGGAAAUGCUUAAGAUACUUGAGGAAGAUCCAAUGGUGGGAGGAGUUGGUGGAGACGUACAGAUCCUCAACAAGUAUGACUCAUGGAUCUCCUUCCUCAGCAGUGUGCGCUACUGGAUGGCCUUCAACAUCGAGCGAGCCUGCCAGUCCUACUUUGGAUGUGUCCAGUGUAUCAGUGGCCCCCUGGGGAUGUACAGAAACACCUUGCUCCAGCGCUUCCUGGAGCCCUGGUACCAUCAGACCUUCUUAGGCUCCAAGUGCAGCUUCGGUGAUGACCGCCACCUCACCAAUCGGGUGCUCAGCUUCGGUUACAAGACGAAAUUCACAGCGCGAUCGCAGUGCCAGACUGAGACACCAACCCAGUAUCUACGUUGGCUGAACCAGCAGACUCGCUGGAGCAAGUCCUACUUCCGUGAGUGGCUCUACAACGCCCUGUGGUUCCACAAGCACAGCCUUUGGAUGACCUAUGAGUCUGUGGUCACUGGCUUCUUCCCCUUCUUCUUGGUUGCCACCGUCAUCCAUCUCUUCUACCGUGGAAGGCUGUGGAACAUCCUCCUCUUUUUACUGACGGUACAGCUGGUUGGGAUGGUGAAGGCCACCUAUGCCUGUUUCCUGCGUGGCAGCCUGGUCAUGAUUUUCAUGUCACUCUACUCUCUGAUGUACAUGUCCAGCUUGCUCCCUGCCAAAAUAUUUGCCUUACUCACCAUCAACAAGGCUGGAUGGGGCACUUCAGGCCGCAGGAAGAUCGUUGUCAAUUUCAUUGGCGUUGUGCCCGUCACAAUGUGGGCAAUGGUGCUGCUUGGAGGUGUGGUGUAUACAGUCUACUGUGAAACACAGGAGCCAUUCAGUGAGACAGAGAAGGCCUUGUUGAUAACAGGGACAAUACUCUACGCCUGCUACUGGCUCAUUCUGCUGGUGCUUUACCUUGCAAUCGUAGCCAAACGGUGUAACAAGAGGGAAGAACAGUAUCACCUUCCAUAUGUGGAGGCAUAAACCUGUUAGCAGAGAGACUCGUAGGACUUUCGUGC